AUGAAUUAUACUAGAAUAGCUACUAAAUCAGUGCGUUAUAUUAGUAGAAAAGUUUUAUUUGAAGUACUUUCAGAAGAAGAACAAGCAAUUCUUACUGAAGAAAGAGCAAGUGAUUCUGUUGAUGUUUGUAUUGUAGGUGGAGGUCCUGCAGGUCUUGCUACUGCAAUUAAAUUAAAACAAUUAGAUAAUGAACAUGGUAAUGGAGAUUUAAGAGUAGUAGUACUUGAAAAAGCAGGAGAUUUUGGAUCUCAUAUAGUUAGUGGAGCAGUAUUAGAACCUAAACCAUUUUUAGAAUUAUUUCCUAAUAGUGAAUUAACUGAACAAACUGGUGGCAUACCAUUACCACCAGAUAUGGUUACUAAAGCUACAAGAGAUUGUAUGAGAUUUUUAACUAAAAAUAGUGCUUAUCCAAUGCCUGAACCUCCUCAAAUGACUAAUAAGAAUAAAAAUUUUAUUGCUUCUCUUUCAAAUGUGGUUAAAUAUUUAUCAGAACAAGCUGAAGAGAUAGGGGUUGAAUUAUAUCCUGGAGUAUCUGUAAGUGAAUUAAUUUAUAAUGAAUCUGGUGAUGCAAUUAAAGGAGUAGCUACCAAUGAUUUAGGUAUUGGUAAAGAUGGUAGACCUAAAAGUUCAUUUGAAAGAGGAAUGGAAUUUCAUGCUCGUGUAACUGUAUUGGCAGAAGGAUGUCAUGGUUCAUUAUCAAAACAAGCUAUAUCUAAAUUUAAUUUAAGAGCCAAUAGUUUCCCUCAAACCUAUGGAUUAGGUAUUAAAGAAAUAUGGGAAGUUUUACCUGAUAAUUUUGAAAAGGGUCUUGUAGCUCAUUCAAUGGGAUUCCCAUUAAGUACUUCUGAAUAUGGAGGAGGAUUUAUGUAUCAUUUUGGCGAUGGAUUAGUAGCUGUUGGACUUGUAAUUGGAUUAGAUUAUGAGAAUCCAUAUAUAUCUCCAUAUCAAGAAUUUCAAAAAAUGAAGACUCAUCCAUUUUAUUCUAAUGUAUUAGAAGGUGGUAAAUGUAUUUCUUAUGCUGCUCGUGCAUUAAAUGAAGGAGGUUAUCAAUCUAUACCUAAAUUACAUUUCCCUGGUGGUAUAUUAGUUGGAUGUAGUGCAGGAUUUAUGAAUGUACCUAAAAUUAAAGGAACUCAUACAGCUAUGAAAUCAGGUAUGGUGGCUGCUGAACAAAUAUUUGAAACUAUUAAAGAAUUAGGAGCAGUUGAUGAAGAAACAUUUGAAGAUGCAUCUUAUAUUCCAAUUGAUUUACAAUCUUAUGCUACAGAAUUUGAAAAAUCAUGGGCAUCAAAAGAAUUAUAUGCGGUUAGAAAUGUUCGACCAUCAUUUACAACUCAAUUAGGAUUCCUUGGAGGUAUAUGUCAUGCAGGAAUGACUACUAUGCUUACAUUUGGUCAUGAACCAUGGACUUUUGGACAUCAUUUAACUGAUGCUGGUAAAACUAAACCUGCCAAGAAUUAUAGUCCUAUUGAAUAUCCAAAACCUGAUGGAAAAUUAACUUUUGAUAUUUUAACCUCAGUAUCAAGAACAGGAACUCAUCAUGAUGAAGAUGAAAAAUGUCAUUUAAGAAUUCCUGCUCAAGAUACAGGAAGACAUGCGGCAAGAAAUUAUCCUGAAUUUAAAGGAAUUGAACAAAGAUUUUGUCCUGCUGGAGUUUAUGAAUAUAUUCCUGAUGAAAAUGAAGAAUUAGGAGUUAAAUUUCAAAUUAAUAGUCAAAAUUGUAUUCAUUGUAAAACAUGUGAUAUUAAAGUACCAACUCAAGAUAUUACUUGGACAGUACCUGAAGGAGGUGAUGGACCAAAAUACUACAUGACAUAA